AUGGAAGUUCCCAGAGUUCUUAUAGGCCUCGACAAUCUACAUCUAUUCGCCCCUCUGGAGUCCAAGGUUGGUGCCCCGGGAGAACCGAUAGCCGUACGUUCAGCGCUGGGUUGGGCAAUCUACGGUCCUGAUUCGAGACUUGAGCAGCAGCAGCAUCACUAUUUGAACCAUCAUCUUGUUCAAAGCUUGAACAAUCGCCAGCUUCACGAUCUGAUGGCGGAGCAGUACGCUCAGGAGGAGCUUCAUGUAGCACAAGGCAACCCCAUAGAGUCGGAGGAAAUCCAGAGAGCCCGUGACACGCUUGAAUCAACAACUAUCCGAGUAGGAGACCGCUUCGAAACGGGGCUACUUUGGAAGCAGGAGCCUGUUUUUCCAGAUAGCUAUCCGAUGGCGCUGAACCGACUGAAGAGCCUGGAACGACGUUUUCAACGAGAGCCGCAAAUGAAACAGAACGUGAACCAGCAGAUUGAAUACUAUCUGACCAAAGGCUACUGUCAUAAGGCCACGGCAGAAGAGCUGAAGAGUACCAAUCCUUCUUCCGUGUGGUAUCUUCCUUUAAAUGUCGUGCUGAAUCCUAAGAAACCUCAUAAGGUACGUUUGGUGUGGGACGCGGCGGCCAAAUCGCAAGGUGUUUCACUCAAUUCUUUCCUGCUCAAAGGCCCCGAUCUAUUGGCAUCACUUCCGGCGGUCAUCAGCAAGUUUCGAGAGCGACGAGUUGCAGUGGGAGGUGACAUCAAAGAGAUGUACCAUCAGCUCAGGAUUAGAGAGGCAGAUAAGCAGGCGCAAAGGUUUCUUUUCCGGUUCCCGGAAGACGAUCAUCCUACCGUUUUCGUCAUGGACGUGGCCACCUUCGGCGCUGCCAGUUCUCCAUGCUCGGCGCAAUACGUCAAGAACCUGAAUGCCCAGCAGUUUUCCACUCGCUAUCCAGCAGCAGCACAGGCCAUCGUUCACCGCCAUUAUGUCGAUGACUACUACGACAGCUUCGACACCGAAGAGGAAGCCAUCGAGCGAACCAGAGAGGUACGUUGGAUCCACUCGAAAGGUGGAUUCGAGAUCACCAACUGGACGUCUAAUUCUACAGCUGUUCUUCGAAGUUUGGGAGUGGGUGGUGGCUCCAGAGAGUCAAUCCAUUUGAACCAAGACAAGGUGACGGAUUACGAACGAGUUCUCGGCAUCAUGUGGGACACACAGAACGACGUGUUUUCCUUUGCGGUGCCCACAAACGCAGCGGCUACAGAGGCAGAACCACCAAAGAAAAGGGGAGUCCUGAGCACGGUCAUGUCGCUGUUCGAUCCAAUCGGCCUGUUGGCUCCAUUUACGGUGUUGGGAAAGAUGCUCAUGCAAGACCUGUGGCGAGCGGGUUGUGACUGGGACCAGCGUAUCGACGGAGAGUGCCUGGAUAAGUGGCGACAGUGGAUCGCAAUGUUUUCUCUGGUCGAGGGUGUUCGGAUUCCAAGAUGCAACUUUGGAUCGACACCUUCUGACCGAUUUGGCCAAAUACAGCUACAUAUCUUCAGUGAUGCCGGGGAGAAUGCGUACGGAAGCGUCGCGUAUCUACGGAUUUGUGUGGAAAAUACUGUAAAAUGUUCGUUGGUGAUGGCUCGAUCGAAAGUAGCACCGAUAAAACUUCUUUCCAUUCCACGGCUUGAACUGAAAGCAGCAGUCUUGGGAGCGCACCUGAGUCACACCGUUAAGAACAACCAUUCCCUUCCUAUUCAUCAAAUUUUCUACUGGAGUGAUUCUCGAACUGUUCUCUCCUGGAUUCAAAGCGACCAACGUCGUUAUCAGCCGUUCGUCGGCUUCCGUAUCGGAGAAAUUCUGAGUCUCUCCAAGCUGACAGACUGGCGCUACGUUCCAACCAAGCUAAAUGUAGCAGAUUCGCUCACCAAAUGGGGUCGUCUUCCGGAUCUUUCGAGCGAAGGUUCAUGGUUUCGUGGCCCGGAGUUCCUGUACCAGCAGCCGUCGGAAUGGCCUCAACAGAAUCUUCCCGCUGCAAAUACACGAACGGAAAUCAAGGCAAUACACCUUUUUCACGGUGUUGAGCUUCCAAGUUGCUUUAUCGACGUGACUAGAUUUUCGAAGUGGAAUGUUGCAGUUCGCACCGUGGCAUGCAUUUUCCGAUUCAUCUCCAACUGCCGGCGCCGAGCCGCUGGCAAAUCCAUCGAAGCAGUCCUUUCGACUCCAAAGCUUAAAAAGCUUAUCAAGGUUGAAAUUCCCUUUGUAGUGGUUCCGUUGCGGCAAGACGAGCAUCGAUGUGCCGAAAAUACUCUCUUCAGGUUGGCUCAGAGCGAGUCGUACAGCGACGAAAUCAAGAUAUUGAAGAAGAAUGCAGAAUUACCUUUUCAAAAUUGGUUUCCACUAGAAAAGUCCAGCCUUCUCUACAAGCUUGUGCCCUUGAUCGACGCCGAUGGUGUGUUGAGGAUGGAAGGUCGUUCUGAAAAGGCAGAGUUCCUCCCUUUCGAUCUUCGCUUUCCGAUAAUUCUACCAAGAUCUCACUACGUUACGGAUCUUUUAAUUCAACAAUACCAUGAAAGGUUUGGGCAUGGAUUUCGGGAGACGGUGAAGAAUGAAAUCAAGCAACGUUUUCUGAUUGGUGGUCUUACCAAUUUGAUAAGACGAACCGAACGAAGCUGCGUGUGGUGUAAGGUCCGAAAAUGUCUGCCGAAGAAUCCACGAAUGGCUGCACUUCCUGUACAAAGAUUAACUCCAUUUAAACGUCCAUUUAACUUCGUGGGCAUUGAUUACCUGGGUCCUGUUGAAGUCGUCGUCGGCCGCCGCAGAGAAAAACGCUGGGUUGCGGUGUUCACGUGCAUGGUUGUUAGAGCGGUGCAUUUGGAAGUAGUCCACAGUCUUACCGCGCAAUCAUGCAUCAUGGCGAUCCGCCGUUUCAUCAGCCGCCGAGGUCCAGCCUCCGAAUACUUCACAGACAACGGGACGAACUUCCGAGGUGCGAGUAAGGAGAUAAUCCAACGGGUACGAGAAAUUGAUGCUGUUUGUGCCGAUGAAUUUACGACUGCUAUCACGAGUUGGCACUUCAUCCCACCUGGAACACCCCUCAUGGGAGGGGCGUGGGAAAGGAUGGUGCGCUCGGUGAAGCAAGUCAUGGCCGCUUUGGACGACGGGCGUCGAUUGAACGACGAAAUCCUCCUGACUACGCUUGCUGAAACUGAGGACAUGAUCAACAGCCGGCCCCUAACUCUUGUAACCACGGACUCAGUGAUGGGUGCACUUUGUCCAAAUGUCUUCCUGCGAGGUUCAGAUCCCAACGAGCCGCAUGAAGUCAUUCAACCUACGCAUCCUGCAGAAGCACCUCGAGAUGCUUACAAGAGAUCACAGCAGCUGUCCGACGAGUUAUGGAAACGGUGGAUUAGAGAGUACGUGCCGACAGUCAACCAACGGUCCAAGUGGUUCUCCGAAACAAAUCCUCUAAAGAAAGGGGAUCUUGUAUACGUGGUCGAAGGCAGUCGACGCAAAGCAUGGGUUCGAGGAGUCAUCGAGGAGCCGAUCGUUUCUGGUGACGGAAGAGUCCGUCAAGCUUUGGUACGCACAACUGGUGGUGUUUUUCGACGUGGAACGGCAAAUCUGGCUGUACUAGAGAUUGCUGAUAGAGUCCAGACGGUGGGUCCAGAGAGUGCCGCUCAUCAUGCAACUUCUGAUACUGGUGGUAACGCUGAUCCGGUGGCUCCAGAGAGUGAAUCCGGACCAGGUUUACGGGUGGGGGACUGUUGA